AUGUCAGCACAAACUUCAAAGAUAACUAAACACGAUGGGCAUUCGGACACCGCAGGACAAUUGUCUACGCCUGGAACUUGUGCCAUUUCAAAAUUGAGCACAGAGAUUCUCCUCAUAAUAUUUUCAUUGAACGGACAUGCCGACGCUUGCUAUAUCGACAGGGACAUCGGUGUCGAUGAAAUCCUCCAUCCAAUUGUUCCGAUGGCCGCUUUGACAACCACGCGCUACUCUUCUCAAGUAUGCCAACAAUGGCGCGCCAUCCUUCUCGAUUCUCCUGCAAUUUGGGCCACCGGCCUCGACCUGCAAUGUUUUGAUCAACAGAACGAUGAGUGGAGGGAAGAGGUCUUAAAGCGAACAGGCAACCGUGUUCUCACCAUUAUCGGCGAUCUCUACGAGAACAUGCCUUCUGUUAAAUUUUUCUUGAAGCUGGUGUCCACGGAAUGGAGCAGGAUUCGUCGAAUGUUUGUCUGCGACCGUGGAGGUGUCAGCGGUUUCGAAACCGAGGUGUGGAAUGCUCUCCAACAGGCAUCACCAGCCUUGGAAUGGCUACAUUUGGACGUAUCCUUUGAAAACAUAGAUUUAGAUUUGGAUCUCGAAACACCCUUUUUUGCCAACAAUGCUCCCCGAUUGCGUGGCAUCCAAUUCGAUCGGAUUUUUAUGCGUCCUGACCAGACCUGGUUUCAAAAUCUACAACAUAUCUCGGAUUUAGAUAUCGCGUGGUUCACCAUUGCGGAGCUACUUCUCGCCCUUGGGCAUAUGCCUCAACUAGAAACAUUGGACCUGUGCGGAGCCGCAUUUCAUGAGGACGACAACGCUGAAGUGAAUUUCAGCACUGUUGUUCUACCUCGAUUAAACCGUCUUAAGGCGAAUUGCGACCUCAUCAUUUUUACUCCGGUCUUGCGUCGCUUGCGCACUGCAACGAAUUGCUCGUUGCACCUGUCUCCAAUAUGGGACAUUCCUGUGGGGGAAGACUCGCAAAUUGAGGAUUUGGGCAAGGCUCUUUCAACAUUUUUUCAGCAAUGGACAACAGAAGAAAUAUUCAGCCUUUCCUAUGUACAAGUGGGCGCAUCCUUUUCGAUACAUAGUCCGAAGUGGGACGUUAACACUUGUGUGGAGAUCAAUGGAUCUUAUGAGAUUUUGGAUUGGCCUGGUUUACCUGGCCUGAUCCUCGACGCACUAGCCGAGAAAUCUUUUUCGACUGUUAUCCUCACAAUAUUUUUGCAUUUUCCGCCCCCCGCAAAGUCCAUCUUGUCUUUUUUGGAAAAAUUUCCAAAGUUGGAAUCUAUCACUUGCGAUUUGAAGACAUUAGAUUCCUUGAACAACUUAAUGGACAGCCACGAUCCAGAAAGAUCAAUCCUUCUGCCCUCCAUGGUGCAAAUAUAUUUACUGCUUGGGAAACAAGAAGACCCCAACCCACUCUCCAACUUUUUGUCCCUGCGCCAACGGUUAGAUGUACCUAUCAAGUAUCUUGUUCUUUGCUGUGGGCCAUCUUUUACAGGAAAUCUUCAGGUUUUCACUGCAUUAGCAAGGACAUUCAACCUAGAGAUCGUACUAGAUUCAGAAAAGGGGGGCUUCAUGAACACCUAUAUUGAUUUAUCAUUUUUGGCAUGGCUUGAGGACCAUCAACUUUGA